AUGGUGUGUUUCCUUAUGGAAACUAGGCUGGACAGGAAAGGGUUUGAUAAACAUUGUAAGAAGCUACCUUUUAAGAAUAAAUUGAUAGUGAAGAAACCAGAUGCAGGAGGGGGAUUGGCGCUUUUAUGGAAGCCAGAAGUGCACUUAGACGUUAUUAAUUAUACAGAGCAUCAUAUUUUGGCCAAGGUUGUCGAAGAAGAUGGGUUUGAGUGGUAUCUUACAGGCUUUUAUGGGUGGGCUGAGGCUAGUCAAAAACCAAAAUCAUGGGCUCUAAUGUCUCACUUAUCAAGCUUUGUGGAUGGGCCUUGGUGUUGUAUAGGAGAUUUUAAUGCAAUAUUACUAUCCUCUGAGAAACAGAGCACGUACCCACCACCAUACAAACAAAUGGAAGAGUUUGGCUUGGCUUUGGAGUCAUGUAAUCUGACCGACUUGGGGUUUGGCGUCUAUCCAUUCACUUGGAACAACAAACGUCCAGGGAGGGCCAAUACUAAGGAACGAUUGGAUCGGGCGGUUGCGAACUCGGGUUGGAGAGAAAAAUAUCCUGCGAGUACAAUAUUUCACUUGUUUUCUCAUGCUUCAGAUCAUCGCCCCAUUGUAUUACAAACCAAGAAUGAUAGUGGUUUGCGGGCUAGAGGUGUUCGUGGGUUUAAGUUUGAGGAGGCUUGGCUAUUGAAUGCGGAUUGUGAGAAGAUGGUUGAGGAAGCGUGGAAGGCUAAGGGGGAGGAAGCAGGUUCGGCCAUGGCUAGAGUUAAGGAGAGGAUAUUGACUUGUGGGGGAGAACUCCUUGCAUGGGGCACAUCCAGAACAAACCCGGAGACAGAAGAAAUUAAAAAAUUACAAAAGUUGGUAGAGAAUUUAAGCAUAUGUGUGCCUACGGAAGAGACUAAGGCUGAAUUUUUGGAGGCAAGUAAGAAGCUAGAUGAUAUGCUUCUUAAGCAGGAAGUUUAUUGGCAUCAACGAUCCAGGAUUUCUUGGCUCAAACAUGUGACAAAAACACCAAGUUUUUUCAUUCUAAGGCUUCACAGAGACGAAGGAGAAACUUUAUUCAUGGCCUAA